GCCCACCGCUCCCCAAAACUCACCCAGCACCCCGCGAGUUGGAUGUGUGAGCAGUCAAGGCAGCAGCGAUGGGCCAGUGAAGAGCGUUGGCGUUAAUCCGAGAGGAGCUUGGACGUGUGGACAAGAUGUGACCGGGGUUCCGCCCACCUUUGCCUCCGGAGGGGCUGGGUGACAGGUGCACCUGUCGCAGCACCACCGCCGAAGGGCGCCAUGAAGCCGCCGGCGAAGAAAAAGAAAACGGAAGACCCCGAGCUGGAGCCGCUGUGCUGCUGCGAGUACGUAGAUCGGACCGGGGAGAGGAACCACGUGGCCGCUUGCUUGUGUGACUGCCAGGAUCUUGACGAAGGCUGCGACAGAUGGCUAACGUGUAAAUCAGCGCGGCCAGAGACUUGCGAAAGAAUCCUCGACACAGUUUCCGAUCGCCUCCGAAUCCCUUGGCUUAGAGGAGCCAAGAAAGUUAAUAUUAGCAUCAUUCCUCCCCUGGCACUUCUGCCUGUCUUCCUUCAUGUGGCUUCCUGGCACGUCCUGCUGGGGGUGGUGGUCCUGACCUCCCUCCCGGUGCUGGCACUGUGGUACUACUACCUCACACACAGAAGGAAAGAACAGACCCUCUUUUUCCUGAGCCUUGGACUGUUCUCUCUGGGCUACAUGUACUAUGUGUUUCUGCAGGAAGUGGUCCCCAAGGGGCGUGUGGGGCCCACUCAGCUGGCUGCCCUUACCUGCGGCCUGUUUCUGAUACUCUUAGCCUUGUAUAGAGCCAAGCAGAAUCCAGGCUACCUCAGCGAUGCAGCAAGCAAUGACAGGUCCCUAAUCGAAUGUCUGAACAAAAAGGGGCAGGAGAAGACCAAAGGGUGCCCUGCCACAGAGGCCGCAGGGAGCCUCAACAACCGCACGCCGAAGGACGAGCCUAAGGGCUACUCCAGGAUGGCGGCGGGCAGCCCCGCCAAAGUGAAGGAGGACUGGUGUGCCAAGUGCCAGCUGGUGCGACCUGCCCGGGCGUGGCACUGCCGGAUAUGCGGUAUCUGUGUAAGGAGAAUGGAUCACCAUUGUGUCUGGAUAAAUAGCUGCGUUGGAGAAUCAAAUCAUCAAGCAUUUAUACUUGCCCUCUUGAUCUUCUUGCUCACUUCGCUGUAUGGGAUCGCGCUGACCUUGGACACCAUUUGUAGAGACAGAAGCAUCUUCACAGCUCUCUUCUAUUGUCCUGGAGUUUAUGCCAACUACAGCUCUGCCCUAUCCUUCACCUGCGUGUGGUACUCGGUGAUCGUGACAGCGGGCAUGGCGUACAUCUUCCUCAUUCAGCUGAUAAACAUCAGCUACAACGUGACCGAGAGGGAAGUCCAGCAGGCCCUUCGACUGAAGACGGGACGCCGGCUCCUCUGCGGGCUCAUUGUGGACCCGGGCCAGUACAACAGGGGCUUCCUGCGGAACUGGCUGCAGUUCUCCACCCUGGGCACACGUGUGGGCCAGCCCCCGGCCGAGGACAUCGUGUGAAGUGCCUUCCCUGGUCCCUUCCAUCUUCAGUGACCACACGGGAUCUUCGUCUCUGUUACCCUGUCUCUUACGGCAUUGCAGGGCCAUGCUCAGGUUUGGAGAGUGGGCUGGAGAGAAGUUCUCUGACUUCUGAAUUUAAGGGAUCUUUCUAUCGAAGCCGAAAAAGUAGAGCCAUUCCUUUCCAAGUAACCUUUGUGACUCCAGUCACCAGAAGUUGAAAAGGAUGUGUAUUGCGCAUGCACAAACCUACAGAAGCAAUUCUUGUCUAUUCAUGUAGGGAAGCGUCUGGGAUCAGGACAGUCCCUUUCUCCGUUUUUAAUAGCCAUGUGACCCUUGGUAGAGUCACUUUCCCAAGUCUCAGGUUCGUCUGGAAUGUGAGGUUCUGCCUGGAUACCUCACAGAGCUGUCUUGAGAGCCACGUGAGAGAUGAGGGGCAUGGGAAAGCACUACAGGACAACUCAGCGUCCAGAGGUAUGAAGUAAUUGUGAGAAAACUCCCAAGACUGAAGAAAAAUGUUUGUAGAUCAGAAUAUUGCAGCCAAUAUUAUUAACGCAGUUGGUACAGCUCCUGGGAGUUGUUAAGUGUUCAAAGUGAACUGUUUUCAUGGGGUAGGUAGGAGAAGGAGAGGACUGAUGCUGGUCAUCUGAUCUUGAAACGACAAUUGAUGACAAUGAUAAAGAUGGUGUGUCAUGGUCAUCAGGUUAGGUGAUGCAUUUUUAGACUUUUUUGUUUUUAACCAUAUAGGAAUUGUCACAACCAACUACAGUAGGCAAUGUUUUCCUCCUUCCAUGUUUCAUCUGGUGAGGUUUCUGGAAGAAGAGACUGUCAUAUGGGAGUGCUCGACUCUUUACUGGAGAGGGAAGUCACUCAAUUUCAAGGGCUUGAUAUUUUAAAAUUCUUGUUCAUAUGAGUAUUUCAAGUGCUGUCAGUUUAUAGCACUAAGUGAUGCAAAAAUCCGUCUUGCAGCAUCUAUGUCAUUCUGGCAUGAACUUUCUCUAAGGAGGUGAGUGUCGCCUUCCUACUUAACUUGCACAUAACUUCUCAUUCACCCUUCCCUCCAUAAAAGUAUCUCACUAGGAGAGAAAAAAACAGGGUAUAUGUGUUUCCAAUAAUUAAUUAUUGUCUUCUUUCUCUUCUCCAGAUAAAUUGCUUCUUUAAUCCUAUCGCAAAACCGAAAAUCAUGAAAAAGGAAAUAUUCCUUUAGAAUGAGCCAUUCUGCCUGCCUCAGAGAUGAGGGAAAUUCAGAUAGGGAAAAUACUCUCUUAAGCUGUCUGGUUUAAACUUGUAUUGUUCUGCAAUCCCAAAGAUAAUUUGUGAGCCCUUAAAUUUGCCUUGGCCUAUUCCUUUUUUUUUUCUUGAGGUAGGGUCUCGCUCUAGUCCAUGCUGACCUGGAAUUCACUAUGUAGUCUCAGGGUGGCCUCAAACUCAUAGCGAUCCUCCUACCUCUGCCUCCCAAGUGCUGGAACCUGUUCCUUAAUACAUAAGAGUGCUCACUUUUUUUUUUUUUUGUGGUCAUUUUGUGCCUGUUGCUUUAACAAUAGAUUCCUAAGGAUUUAGCAGAAACACUGCAGCUUCCAGAAAUUCUAGCUAGUGUCACUCAUAGCCUUGCCAUUACGUGCAGUGGUCCUGAAGACAGUCGCCACGUUUCAUUGAGGCUUGUCAGCGCUCUCCCCCGAGAUGGGCCACUUAAGGAACGAUGGACUCCAUAUUGCGCCGAGGUGACCAGGGAACGAGCCCAGGACAUCAGCAGUAGACGCUGUGGUUUCUACAGUGAUGCCGUCUCCCUGGCCCAGAGCCAAGCAUCGUUUAGAGUGAAAGUUGGCUCAAAUAGAACUAACCUCUUUCCGUGUGGGUUUUAGAUAAGAGUGAUGGUAGUCAUGUCAAAGACAGCGUAUGUAGGCACAAAUUGGUAGUUUUCAUGUCUCUUGAAUGCCAGCUAUCUAGCCGACUCAGAUCAUCUAGCAAUCGCUAACGAAACUCCCAGAAAUGGUAUUGCCAGUAAUUGUAGCCUGGCAGUUCUCUGACAAUUAACAAAAAAAUGUGAUGUGAUGAAAGUGACUGGUACAAAAAGUCCAGUCACUGGGGAGAAUUAGGAAUGGUCUCCACCUCUCCUAACAAUUCACCCCUGUCAAGGCUACCUGGAUGAGGUGACUGAGUUUCCCUCAUUCUGAUUCUUUGUACAGUGUGUGACUCACUGGAGUGAAGAGGCUUAAAUUCCUUGAAAACUCCUAUUUGGCAGCGUACAGAAGAAAGCCUAGACUUGUAGGGAGACCAUUGGUUCCGUGGGUAACAGCAUUCUAAAGUGACUGCACUUGGUAGAGGAGCAACAUGAGCUGUUGGUGAGCAGGGCACCGUGGCCCUGGAGCUCCCUUGGCACAUAGACUUCCGAGCCUUUUCAUGAACUGGACCUACUGGAGAUAUUUCACUUGGGGCCUUGGUGUUCUGCAGGUGGUAGAGCAUUUAACUGUGGGCUCUGUGGAUGGAUUGUUACAAACAUCUAGUGGUGGUGGUAAAUUGCCCUGUGAACCUGUAAACCAGUCAUGGGUCAUGGGGGAGCAACAACUACCCCCAAACGUGAUUCCAAACAGGCAGGUCCAGAUCCUCAAGAGAUCCAGAGUCUAUCGUAAGAAACAGACUGGAGUUGGAGUGUAAAAAUUAUCUGUUGCAUUUUGAUAAUCAUCACCGCAUUGUGUGCUUUCCUGGGGAACAGGACCCAUUUAAAAGAGCCAAGGGAAUUAAAAUGCUUCUCAGAAUGUUGGCACAGUACUUUGUGGUUCUGGCUGGCCACUGCUGACGGGAGCGGCACUGGUGAUGUGUGUGGCGGGCUCUUUUGCUGCUGAAGUAAAGCCUUACUUGGGUGCUGGGGACAGCGCUGCUCUUCCGCCUUGGCACAUCGGCGUCUAGGGUGCCAUCCGUCUUGGCUCUCUCCAAGCAGUGCUUUCCUGUGGUGAGUGAAGUGGUUUUUGUCUUCCGCUGUACCCGCUGCCAGGAAGAAAGACUGCCGCAAACACUGUCUUACGGAAUUGUCCUUGGUACUUCUGAUCAUUUUAACAAGCAAACAUUUUCUAUAUAAGCUUCUUCCACUGCCAGAAUGUGCGAUGCCAUUAAGAGCCUAUGUAAUAGUGGUCAUCUGCUUAGCAGACUUACUUCCUCUGGGUGGGACAUUAGCCUUUAUUACAAAGCUCACCUAAAAGAAGCAGAAACACCUCUAGAAGCACAGUUUUAACCAUGGUGUUUAAAGAUUACUGCUCUGUGAGAUGGAAUGGUCCUGUUAGACUAGGUGAGCUAGGGAUAUGACUUAACUUCAAUUAGUCAUUUUUUGGUACCUUGUGUUUUGAAAGGGAGAAUUUUCUCAAGCAACAGAUGAGCUUUCUGCUUGAGGUACCUGUCUGGAAUCAGGCUUUUCAGCAGCAACUUGGCAGGUGUGCCAUUUCGUGUGAACCACUGCAAAGACUGUGCCAGGGAGAAUGAAAACCGUGUUAAAUUCAAUACCAAGUGACAUUCAGUAUGUUCUUGUGGAUGUCUGCUAUGAUUCAUAAAACUUCUUGCAGAAUCAGCUGAAUUUAAUCCUGUUGCUAAUGGACAGUCAUUCAUGCUGCACUUGGCACUCAACAUUUAAGGGAAGUACAAACAGCAAGACGAAAACCGAAUUGCUAAGGGAGGAACACGGUUAAUGGAGACGUGGCUAUCUACAAAGAGGGCUUGUGACUUCGUACUGCCCAAGUCUUCCCGACAGCACUUUUCACCUUUAGAAAUUCAUAUUUAAUAGGCGAAGCUUUAAAAGCUGAGCUAGCCUACUGUAACUAAUGCAAGUGAAAUUCUGUAUUCCUUCAGGUCGAGCCACGGAUAGAACGCUGUGCUGCAGCGUAGGUGAGCUCAACUCGUGAGCCUACGGUCUGGGUGAUUAGAUGGUUUGAGUUGUUAGGGCUUUGAGGCCUUUUCAUUUGAUCGUAUUUCUGGGUCUGAUGCCAGAUUAAAGGAGACCCAGUAAUAAGUAAUAAUAACUCACUACUUAACAUAACUGGCCCAAUGACAUUUAAUAGGACUUCCCAAGCCUAGAUGACAGCCAUGGGCUAAACAUUUUUGCACUGUUUUUAUACUUAUAUUCAUAGCCUUUUAAUCACCUCAGACUUAGACACAAAGCCUUUUAAAUGGAGAUUUUACAACCUACUGCCAUUUGUGUAAAAUAAUGUCCUGUGACCAUGUUGUUUAAAUGGAAAAUAAAGUGCUUUCUUUAAGGA